UGAUGAUGAUGAUGAUGAUGCGCCCCGCGGCAAGUGAGAACGGCCAGGCAGCGCGCGCGCUCGGCACACACGAGAACCUGCUGAAGGCCGUUGGAGUCGAACGUUGUAAAUUAUGUACAUAAGUUACCGCCGUUAACCGGAGACACAUGAAUGGCCAGUCGCACAACUCGGAGCCGACAAACCGAGCAGCGAGCGGGGAAUUGUUUAAACCUACGGAAAGCAUCGUCUGAAUUGGAACACGUACACCAAGUGCUCUCUCUGCCCGUCUCUGUCACAGACCGAAGCUCGACGGCUCCGGUGGGGAUUUUCAAGCCGCGGCGACCCGAUAAAAUGUAAAGAGAAGAGCGAGAGAAAAAAAAACCUACCCGCGGAUUUUUUCUUCUUUUCUAAAGCCUUGUUUUUUAAUGUAUUUUUUCAGUGGGUGUAAAAUAAUUUUGUAGGCAGAAAGCCCGGUGUAAAUGUCGUGUAAAUAACACUAACGUUUGUAAAUAGACAGAUAAUACAAAUCAGUGAGUUUUUGCUAGCUAACUGGGCACAGCAGCUCGUUUUUAAAUGCAUAUAUCGCUGGACUGAAGAGCUACGAUGUUACAUUUGGGUUUACUUGAGGAUAUUCGCACAACAGUUUGAGAAAAAACACUGCCAAGAGAGACGUGUGGUUUUCUUUGAUUAGCUCUGCACAAGUGGAUUCUGAGGAAAAUGUAGGAAAUGGUGAGAAGGAAAGUGAGGACAGAAUCUAUUCUCCAACAGUUGUGGUCUCCCCCUCCUCUAUUACUGUAAAAUAGCAAAGAAAAGGUGACAGAGAAGAAGAGGGAAGACAAAAAUUGUUAGUGUCUCCUGUUUGUCCAAGGACAGCCUUCACCUGCGGCACUGGAAGAACGGCCUGACAGAGUAGAAGGGGGGCGUGGGUGACCACAGAAAGACAGAGAGACGGGGACUGACGGAGGAGCAAGAGUUUGGAGGAGGAGGAGGUCUCGAAGGGGUGGGAAAGGCCAUUCCCAAUGGCUACUGACCCAGGAGAUCCCACAGGCACCGAAGACUCUUCUGAGAAACCUGAUGGACAGAAGGAGGAGGACACGGAGCGAGAGGGCCGGGUUGAGCAACAGAGGGAGCGAACACAUGGCACCUCCGUGGACUUCGCCUCCUCCCAGACUCAGGAGGGGAGAGCCACAGGAGGAGAGGAUGGAGGAAUCGGGAGAGAAGGAGGAGGAGGAAAAGCUUCCCAGGAGCAUGAGGAGACUACAGUCAAACCAAUUUCAUUCUCCACACCCUCCUUACCCGACGAUACAGGUCAGAAACGACUGAGAAGGGAGAAGCGCUUCUUUAGGAAAAGCGUGGAGAUUUGUGAGGAGGACGAUGAGGUUGAGGUGGCCCCUGAAGCGCCCCACAGUGCCCCCCACCUGGAGCUGCGCUCCCCAGACUCAGUCUUCACGAGCAGUGCCCAGCAGCAAGGGGGGGCCUCAUCCUGUGCAGCCUUGGGACAUGAUCCAUCUUGCCCUAGCUCAGGUCAUGAGCUUGGAAAAGAUGCUCCUUCAUCUGCACCUCCUCAAAGGGGGAAGGAGAGGGACCGUGAACAGGAGGAGGAGGCAGAGAUGAAGGCUGUAGCCACAUCUCCUGGAGGCAGGUUUCUAAAGUUUGACAUUGAACUGGGCAGGGGAGCCUUCAAGACUGUGUACAAAGGCCUGGACACUGAGACUUGGGUGGAGGUGGCUUGGUGUGAACUUCAGGACCGCAAGCUGACCAAGGCAGAGCAGCAACGCUUCAAGGAGGAGGCAGAGAUGCUGAAAGGGCUCCAGCACCCCAACAUUGUACGCUUCUAUGAUUCUUGGGAGUCUGUGCUUCGUGGAAAGAAAUGCAUUGUACUAGUGACUGAACUCAUGACAUCAGGGACACUCAAAACUUACCUGAAGCGCUUUAAGGUGAUGAAACCCAAGGUCCUAAGGAGCUGGUGUAGGCAAAUCUUGAAGGGUCUUCACUUCCUUCACACCAGGACUCCACCAAUUGUCCACCGGGACCUCAAAUGUGACAACAUCUUCAUAACAGGCCCUACAGGAUCAGUCAAGAUAGGGGACCUUGGACUAGCCACUCUUAUGAGGACCUCCUUUGCAAAGAGUGUUAUAGGAACCCCGGAGUUCAUGGCUCCAGAGAUGUAUGAGGAGCACUAUGACGAGUCUGUGGAUGUAUAUGCCUUUGGGAUGUGUAUGCUGGAGAUGGCUACAUCAGAAUAUCCCUACUCUGAGUGCCAAAAUGCUGCUCAGAUCUAUCGCAAAGUCACAAGCGGUAUCAAGCCAGCCAGCUUUGAAAAAGUGAAUGACCCAGAGAUUAAAGAGAUCAUUGAAGGCUGCAUUCGUCAGAACAAAAGUCAGAGACUCUCCAUCCGAGACCUCCUGAACCAUGCAUUCUUUGGGGAGGAUACAGGGGUUCGGGUGGAACUGGCAGAGGAGGACACAGGCACCCAGGACUGUCUGGCUCUCAGGAUUUGGGUUGAAGAACCCAAGAAGCUGAAGGGGAAGCACAAGGACAAUGAGGCCAUUGAAUUCAGUUAUGACCUGGAGAAUGAUAGCGCUGAGGAAGUGGCUCUAGAGAUGGUGAAGUCAGGCUUCUUCCACGAGAGUGAUGCCAAAGUGGUGGGAAAAUCCAUCCGGGACCGAGUAAAUCUGAUCAAAAAAUCAAGGGAGCGUCGACAGCAACAGCUCCUUCAGCAGGGCUUUGAAGAACGAAGAGACUCCACCCUCACCUCCUACACCUUUUCGCAUCCCUCUUUCCCAUCCUCGCUGGGGCAAGGGGCAGCUGGACAGACGGGAGGGGAAGGAGGAGGAGUGCAGGAGUCUGAGGAGCUGCCUGAAGUGGACCAACAUGUCAGGAAGCAGCAUAUUUUUAGUGGGACAACUCUCAGUCUGCCAGAAGGUGAGAGCAUUGGGUCUGCCAGCUGUGAAUCGUAUGCAAGUGGACAGAGCCAGGCAUACUCUCAGCAAGGGGAGUCAUACACCCACUCCCAGACUGCUCUCCCCCUAUGGUAUCUGUACAUUUAGCUUCAUCUCAGUACC